GGCCCGUCAGCUUUGGCGGCUGUGGGGCAGCAGAGGGAAGGGCAGAGCUGAGCACCAUGGCGACACGCCUUUCUGACCCCCAGCGGUUGCGUCGGGCCAUCAAGAUAAGACGCAGAGGAGCUCGAGAUCUCCCCGAUGCCCGGGCCCAGGCAGCACAGGAGAUCAAGCCUCCAUCGCACCACUUCUCGCGUGAGGAGCGGGACCUGCUGUAUGAGGAAGCACUCUACACUGUCCUGCACCGCGUGGGUCAUCCUGAGCCCAACCACGUGAUCCAGGCCUCCGAGCUGCUUCGGUACCUGCAGGAGGCCUUCCAGGUACCCCCGGAGGAGCACGAGCAGAUCCUGCAGCGUGUCCAGGAGCUUGAGAAGCCAAUAUUUUGUCUGAAGGCAACGGUGAAGCAGGCCAAAGGCAUUCUGGGCAAGGAUGUCAGUGGAUUCAGUGACCCCUACUGUCUGCUGGGCAUCGAGCAGAGCACGGGCAUGCCCGGGGGCAGCCCCGCGGCUCGGCGUCGGCAGAAGGCCGUGGUGAGACACACCAUCCCCGAGGAGCAGACCCACCACACCCGGGUCAUCAACCAGACCCUCAACCCCGUGUGGGAGGAGACAUUCAUCCUGGAGUUUAAUGACAUAGCCAAUGCGAGUUUUCACCUGGACAUGUGGGACCUGGACACGGUGGAAUCUGUCAGACAGAAGCUUGGGGAGCUCACAGAUCUGCACGGACUCCGGAGGAUCUUCAAGGAGGCUCGGAAGGACAAAGGCCAGGAUGACUUUCUGGGCAACGUGGUUCUGAGGCUGCAGGACCUGCACUGCAAAGAGGACCAGUGGUACCCCCUGGAGCCCUGCACGGAGACCUACCCGGACCGGGGCCAAUGCCAUCUCCAGUUCCAGCUGAUUCACAAGAAGAGAGCCACUGUGGCCAGCCGCUCCCAGCCCAGCUACACCGUGCACCUCCACCUUCUGCAGCAGCUCGUGUCCCAUGAGGUCACCCAGCACCAGGAGGGCAGUACCUCCUGGGAUGCGUCACUCAGUCCCCAAGCCGCCACCAUCCUCUUCCUCCAUGCCACACAGAAGGACAUAUCUGACUUUCACCAGUCCAUGGCGCAAUGGCUGGCCUACAGCCGCCUCUACCAGAGCCUGGAGUUCCCCAGCAGCUGCCUCCUGCACCCCAUCACCAGCAUGGAAUACCAGUGGGUCCAGGGCCGGCUCAAGGCAGAGCAGCUGGAGGAACUGGCCGCCUCGUUCACCUCUCUGCUGGCCUACGGCCUGUCUCUCAUCCGGAAGUUCCGCUCGGUCUUUCCUCUCUCUGUCGCUGACUCCCCAGUCCGGCUGCAGUCUCUCCUCAGGGUCCUGGUACAGAUGUGCAAGAUGAAGGCCUUCAGAGAAUUGUGUCCUGACAGUGCUCCGCUGCCCCAGCUGGUGACCGAGGCCCUGCGGACUGGCACAAUUGAGUGGUUUCACCUGAAACAACAGCACCAUCAGCCCAUGGUACAGGGCGUGCUAGAGGCCGGCAAAGCCUUGCUGAACCUGGUCCAGGACAUCACAGGCGACCUGCACCAGUGCCAGCGCACGUGGAACAAGAUCUUCCACAAUGUCCUCAAGAUCGACUUCUUCCCCUUGGCCUUUCUGGAGCUGCAGUGGCUGGUGGCUAAGCGGGUGCAGGACCACACGGUGGCGGUGGGCAGCCCCGUGUCCCCGCAGAUGGGCGAGAGUCUGUUCCAGCUUUAUGUGAGCCUCAAAGAGCUCUACCAACUGGGGCCAGACCCCUCAGACAGGGAGGGAGUCCUGCCUCUGGAUGGUUUCCACCGCUGGUUCCAGCCUGCGAUCCCCUCCUGGCUACAGAAGACCUACAGCGUGGCCCUGGAGCGGGUGCAGCGUGCUGUGCAGAUGGACAAGUUGGUGCCCCUUGGAGAGCUGACCAAGCACAGCACGUCAGCUGUGGAUCUGUCCACCUGCUUUGCUCAGAUCAGCCACACUGCGCGGCAGCUGGACUGGCCGGACCCAGAGGAGGCCUUCAUGAUUACUGUCAAAUUCGUGGAGGACACCUGCCGGCUGGCCCUGGUAUACUGCAGCCUGAUAAAGGCCCGGGCCCGAGAGCUCUCUGAAGGCCAAAAGGGUCAGGGCCAGGCAGCUAACAUGCUGUGCGUGGUGGUGAAUGACAUGGAGCAGCUGCGGCUGGUGAUUGGCAAGCUGCCCACUCAGCUGGCCUGGGAGGCACUGGAGCAGCGGGUUGGAGCCGGGCUGGAGCAGGGGCAGCUGCAGAACACACUCCAUGCCCAGCUGCAGAGUGCACUGGCUGGGCUGGACCAUGAGAUCCGCACGGGCGUCCGCACCCUGGCUGAGCAGCUGGAGGCGGGUAUCGCCAAGCAGAUCCAGAAACUCGUCGGUGUCAGGGAUUCGGUGCUGCCGGAGGACGCCAUUCUGCCCCUGAUGAGGUUCUUGGAGACGGAGCUUUGCUACAUGAACACCAACCUGGUGCAGGAGAAUUUCAGCAGCCUUCUGACCCUGCUCUGGACUCACACGCUCACCAUACUGGUGGAGGUGGCCGCCUCCCAGAGGAACUCGCCCCUGGCCUCUAACAGGCUGAAGGUAGCCCUGCAGGGCCUGUAUGCCUGCUUCCAUGCUCGAGGCUGUGGCCUGCCACAAGAGGCCCUGCACACAGCCACUUUCCAGGCGCUGCAGAGGGACCUGGAGCUGCAGGCAGCGUCUACCCGCGAGCUCAUCCAGGAGUACUUCUGCAGCCGCAUCCAGCAGCAGGCAGAAACCACCUCCGAGGAGCUGGGCGCCGUCACCGUCAAGGCCUCCUACCGCGCCUCAGAGCAGAAGCUACGCGUGGAGCUGCUCAGUGCCUCCAACCUGCUGCCCUUAGACUCCAAUGGCUCCAGUGACCCCUUUGUCCAGCUGACCCUGGAGCCCAGGCACCGGUUCCCCGAGUUGGCCCCACGGGAGACCCAGAAGCACAAGAAGGACCUCCACCCAUUGUUUGAUGAGACCUUUGAGUUGUGA